AUGAAGUUGGUUAGGUUCUUAAUGAAACUCUCACACGAGACGGUUACGAUUGAGCUGAAAAAUGGAACACAGGUUGCUGGAACUAUUAUGGGAGUUGACGUUGCGAUGAACACUCAUCUCCGCGCCGUCACAAUGACAAAGAAAAACAAAGAACCGGUGAAGCUUGAUGUUCUCUCGAUUAGAGGAAACAAUAUUCGGUAUAUAAUUCUUCCGGAUCCAUUGUCGCUCGACACACUUCUAAUUGAUGAUGAACCAAGAAAGAAGGCAGCUCGUGCUCGUGCUGGAGCGGGCCGCGGACGAGGACGCGGUGGAAUUCGUGGAAGAGGUCGUGGUCGCGGACGCGGUGGACCACGCGGACGUCGCUAA